GCUCAAUUGCAUCUCCUCGUGCAGUUUCCAGUGCUUAACAUUUCCGAUACAAUCAGGGAUGAGCACUUGGUGAUGCGACAAAAGGAAUUUAUCUUUUGCCUCCAGCGAAACUUACUUAGUCCUCACGUAAGUUUACAUUGUUGUGGUGAAAUCUUAGCCGGGAGGAAAAGGGGAGAAGAAUUGGACCUGUCGUUUACUACAGUUCAGAACUCCUCCUCCCAGGUCUUCAUAGUUUUUUCUUACCAAUAAUGGUUACGCGACGACUGCGAACUACCGCUAUAUUGCUACUCAGCAAAUUUGUAAAUUUAGGCAUAUCUAAAAGCGGAGCUUGCAUUCAGAAACCAGUAUUUAGAAUACUGAAUUCUUUCAAGUUGUUAGUUUAGUGUUCUUGACAAAGGCAACGUGUACAUAAAAACGAUCUCUAGACUAAUAAACAGUUAACAGACUCUUGCGGCAAACCUCUGUGCCCUGCUGCUGGAUGGAUUUAAGAAACUGGUCUUCCAAGUGCUACAAUCAAUUAUACAUUCAGAAAGGGAAGUAUCCUGAAAGAGUUUCUAGUUUGUGGGCUAGUUUGUGCAAUGAGGUAAAGGUUUUCAGUAUUAUUCUACACUCGUUCAGAUCACCUGUGUUGUCAAAACUUGUUAUAAAGUAAAUUAUCAUUAUCAUGAAAAAAAUCUCCCAGAAACCUUAGAGGCAUUUUUUAAAAAGAGCUUUAUAACUUUGACAAUUUUAUACGUAGAAGACUGACAGACCACAACAAGAUAACAUUUGCCAUAAAAUAUCUUCCCAUGUCACCUCCAAGGUAAUGACGUCAUCAAUCACGUGACUAUCGCCGAAUUAGUUUUUUUGUUGCUGUGACAAGAUUUCAUUAACGAGUUAAAAAAAAAGGAUAUUUGAGGUUUUAGAUAUGUUGGGCGUUUAAAAAUAAGCAGUCGACGUCUGGCAUUUAAAAUUUAAGGGGGUAAUGCAGCCUUGUCCCCAGGCGUUUUCGGCUCGGUCAUUCCUGGACUCUACCAUGAGCUGUGACGUCACAGAGAGAUACUCGCCGAGUACGCCUAGCCAAUAUUGCCAGAUCAAAUAUGGCGGCCUUUUCUGUCAGAUUACUGCAACUUCAGCAGGUAGCUGAAAACCCGUCUUUGGAACAGGAAGAGUUUCUAUAUAUAUGUGCAUGCCAAAGCGACAAACAAAGUUUAGGUUUCUUAAAUACGGAUCCGCAAAGCCAAGUUUUGUUCAACUGAAGCGGACUUUCUGAACUUUCACGCGCAGCAACUUGUAUCAGACGAUCGAUGAACUUCUUUCUUCAAUUAGUGCCAAUGAAUCUCUACACGAGGAGUUCACUGGUUACGGACUGUCGUCGAAACCCUGUAAACGAGGAAACAAGGCAUACGUGCAUUUCUGGGCAUUUGCAAGCAUUUGCUAAUGUUUUAAAACGACACAUUAAAAGUGUCUCUCCGAAAAAAAGAAACACAAAAGGUAGGUGCUGUCGGUUUUGAUUCAACUCGUAAUGUAUAUUUUUUUUUUACUAAAGCGGCGUUUUCCAACGGAAAAACGGCACAUCUUUCUUCACCUUUCUUACGUUCCUCACGAAAUACAGAUAUUGAGGGCCUAGAUAGGUGUCUCGAUGCCGCACUUAAUUUUUUGACAGCUAAAAUUGUAUAUAACUAUUCAGUUGAAAGAUAUUUUGACUAAUUUGCUCAGACAAAAGAUUAAGGUCAUAUUCUAGUAAUAAGUUCAAGAUUAACAAAGUUAGAACCGAAUUAUUCAAAGGCACUUUUUUCAAUAGAUUACCAAAUUAGGUCUGUGGUUAGGUUACCUGGUCCUUGGUCCCUCCACCGUCGUCACCGUCCGACAGAGGUCGACAAGGAUGUCAGAAGUUCAGGGGAAAGCAAAGCAUACAAGAGAUGUAAAGCGUGCAAAAAAUUAAGCUAUGUGACGGACAACCAUGUUUUCCUCGACCGAUGGAAAGACACCUUACGAGCAGGGAGAGAAUUGUACGGUCAUACUGUUCAGUCGGUAGCCGCGCGAUCGAUAGUUCGUAAAUUUCUUGAACGUUCCCCGGCAUGGACCAAGCCAGGGUUUAUUGUGAGCUUUACGUCUGGCUUCGAUCAGUUAAAGAUUUAAUUCUACAAGGAAACCUAAAACUUUACUUGAAAACUGUCAAUAACCAUAUAGAAGGAACUUUACUCUUUUUAACUAUAUUUUUUACCCUUCACUGAGGCGGUCCAGUGGUUAGAGGGGUUAACUUUCGACUCUAACUGAUUCGGAGAGACUCUAAAGUUCGAAUACCCUUCAGCAAAUUUUUCGUAACCUUUUUUUUUAUUUUCUUUUUCUUUUUUACUUUUUUUUUACCUGUGUGGUGCACAUAACGUAAUGUGAUUAACAAUAUACACGAAAAAAUUACUGAAUUCUGAUUGGCUGAGAAAGGAGUACAGCUCUUCUGUAAUUAACACGAGUGCAAACUUGUGACGCGAGUACAAAACUUGUAACACGAGUGCAAAUUACAAAUGGUUUCUGACUGGCUGAAAACACAAAAGAAACCACCAAGAACUAAUCAGAUUCGGAGCUGUUUUAGCAACAAAAUUCAAGAAAAUGGCCAUGGUUUUCAGCAGACGGGGACGGUAUUUAAUUUUGUACGCAAAACAACAAUAGAAAAGUUAAAAAAAUAUUCGAAAAACCCGGACACAGUAAAAAGUACGUUUUUCUGGCUAAAUGUAUUGAAAAUGCGACGCUAAGAGAAAAAUACUGUCAACAAAAUCGAGGAAAAUGAGCCAGAGAAACUAAAAAACAAGCUACUUAUAACAGACUACGCUAAAGUAAAAAAAUAAAGAGCAAAAACGGUGGCAACCACACGCAAACCAUGACAGCUACACUUUUCAAGCAUUUAAAUGAACAAGGAUACAAGUUUUCCAUGAUAACAACAGGGAUUUCAAGUCACGUACGUUAUUUGUUGGAGGAGAAAGGUGUUCGGUUGCUCUCUUUGAGUCUUUGUGGAGCGACUAUUAAAACAUCCAUGCUAUCGUCUGUUUUUCUCCAUCUCAUUGGCAAACGAAAACCGAAAAUUUAAACAUCUGGUCUAAACUAAGUCAAUAGGCGAAAAUACCAUAACAAACCUAAUGAAAGUAUCCGUAGCUAGUACUAGCCUUAAAAAAGUGAGAAAAAAGUUUACGAAUCAUUGUGCAAGAAAAACAACAGUCAGGAAGCUGAAGAAAGCAAAGAUUGUAAGUUCAGAACAUAUCGCCAAUGUCACAAGUCACAGAGGUAUAAAUUUCCUUAACGACUACGAUGAAGCCGACGAAGAAGAGCUACGAUGACUCUUGCGGUAGGCCAAAUGAAAUAAUGAAAACCUCAGCGUUGAGAAAAAGCAAAUAUUAUAUUAAUACUGGCAGUUUCCAACAUCCCAACAACUGUGGCUCCACCCACCUAUCGAUGACAGCGUCCGAAGAAAACAAAUUGCCUCCUUCAUUUUCGGGUUUUAAAUCUCAAAAAUUUCUACAUGAAUCCAGCCAUGAUGGGGUCUCAGGAACAGACCAUCAUGAACAAUCGUUAAAAAACCUUAGCAAAUGUCUUUCAUCUUUGGCUGCUCGAAGCGUUCUCCUGCAGAUUUCAAAACGGCAGUAGACUUCUUGUAAACGCUUCUUGUAAACGCCGAGCUCUCAUAAUCGAGGAUGGGAUGAAUUUAAAAACACUUACUUUUGCUGAUUGUUAUAAACCGAGUUGUCUUUAACAGGCUGGUGACCAUAUAAACUCAAUCCUUGCACAUUUCCAAGUUCUUACUUGAAUGCAUCAAAAUACGGCACUUUUGUUCGACUUUUUUGGCAUGUUUCGACUUUACUUGCUUUUUCCACUGAAGCGUCAAAAUGAGAAAACAAGAAAACUGUCAAAGUUGAUGUUGGCGUUUUGUGAUAUUUUUAACUCUCGGAAAACUAAGCGAGUUUCUACUUUUACGCUUACAUAAUUGUACGUGCAGCCUUUCAAACAUUGCCUUUAUUUUAUUUGCGAACGCAAAUUUUACGCACGUGCGCACGUAAAAAUUACGUGACAGUGGAUACUUCAUAUCUCAAGUAUUUAGGAAGUGCAAGACGACUUCACAUCGUAACAACUGCGAAAAUCUAUCAAUUAAAUACAUAAAACAAAGUGAAUCUAUUUAACCGUACAUUUCCUGUAAUUGCGACAAUAUUCUGAGAAACGUAACGCCUUAAAAAGCCACAAAAUCCUGAGGAUUUCCCCGCUAUAAUAUUUUCUCAUCCUGCUUGGGGAUGUGCCUGCAUGUCGUGCAUAAUUACACGAAAAUCAAGGGCCUCCAUUCGAGGAAAAUUACGUCAUUGCCAAACUUACAUGCGUCAUUUCAGUCAUCGCCGAAAUAAACUGCAUUCUCAUCACGAGACUCAUUUCCAUACAAUGAAAGUCGUCACGAUUCUUAUCCCCAGUUUCCACGGUCUUCGCUAAGAACGCGGGGCCUACAAACUAGGUCCCACCGAAAAAAAAAAAAAACGACUGCAUUUUAAGAGUCUCGCUCUGCUCAAGCAAGCGAGACUAACAAGCAACGACGAACUUCUAUUUCUCUUUCUGAACGUGGAUAUAGUCCCUAGGAAUACAAUUCCAGGAAAGUUAGCCUACAUUUCAAAAAGUAAGUGGGUACGAAUAAUCGCCAUAAAGACUGAAUGAACGCAAAUUCACCUUUUGUUGGCUACGUUCCUCGUUGCUGUCUUGCGGCUGGACCUUAAAGUCCCUAGUAAGAACUCAGAGCUUCCCACGUGCUUUUGUUAACACGAAGACGUCUUUCGAAACUGCUUUAGCGUAGAGAAUGCCUUUGUUUUAUUUGAAACAGGUCCUCUACGACUGUGAUUUUCCUUGCUCUUGUAGUAGUUGUUGCUUUUGUGCUAAUAGGUAGAGGCAAUGUUUGUUCUAUUGUUCUCUCGUAGGAUUGCAAGUCAUAAAUGUAAAAAACUCAAGUUUAAAACUGAUUUGAUUUUACAUCAAACAUGUUUCUUUUCUAGGUCCAUAAAGUUUACAUCUUCUUUGAGCAUGAUCAGGACUCCACUUUCGUUAAGGCUCUGAACUUGGUUGGUGACAGCAAACUUGUCUUCCAUCCCUUGGGUCGGUUUUGGACAUACAAAGAUGCAAUAGGCUUUGCCUCGAAUCAUCUACUUCACAAAAACGUAAUGAUCCUUCAUGCAGACAUCUAUGUUCAUCAAGGAUUCGAGCAUCUGAAUGAGACAAUUUUAAGCAAUAAAACAAUGUAUUUUUUAACAAGGCAUGCGAUGCGAGGAAACGGUUCUCUCUGCCCUCACGGAGCAAACGAAGGUACUUGUGAUCCGAAUUCACGUUACGUAGGUUCUCAUGACGCUCUUCUGUUUAGGCUACUUAAACCAGUCAGCAGUGAAGUACUAAACAAGAUUGACUAUAGAGGAAACCUUUAUGGGAUUGAGCAGGUUUUAAUGUUCUACCUAAGAGCAUAUGAAGGGUUUAAAUUUAAGAAUCCUUGCAAAAUCCUUCAGAUUGUUCACCGUCAUUGUAUGAAAUCGGCUGAGAAGAGUCACUCUGGUCUUUUCCAAGGGCAAACAAUUGAUAAUUAUUUGAAGCUGUCCUAUAGGCAUAAACCCCGAGAACUUAUUCUCGCACCAUUUUCUGAUUUGUAA